GAGCUGGAAUCGGUUUACAUAGAUAAGAAACACACAUGAAGCCUUAGAUUUUUUUCAAACUCUGAAUACAGUACUAAAUUUAAAAAAAUCAUUGCAUUUGUAGAUUACAACACAACGAUGCGCUUGAACGAGCAUCUCCAGCUCGUCGGCACCAACGUUAUAUUGGUUCCGUACGAGGCAAAACACGUCCAAAAGUACCAACGCUGGAUGCAAAGCGAGGAGCUACAAGAACUUACCGCGUCAGAACCCCUCACUUUGGAGCAAGAGUACGCCAUGCAGCAGUCUUGGCGCGAAGAUGAAGACAAAUGCACCUUCCUGAUCCUGGACAAAGCAAUUUUCAAUCAAACGGGCGACGAAAUCGCUGCUCUAAUCGGAGACACCAACAUAUUCCUGCUUUCGCCGGAUGACGACGGGGAUGACGAUCUAAAAUCGGGUGAGAUUGAAAUCAUGAUCGCCGAACAGCCUGCCCGGGGGAAACGUUACGGUUGGGAGUCCACCCUGCUGAUGCUGGCGUUUGGCGCCAAAAAGCUAGCCAUUCGACGGUUCCGAGCGAUUACGAAGGACAGCAACGCCAAAGCGAUCCGGAUGUUUACCAAGAUGGACUUCCGGGAGGUAAAACGAGUCGCCGUGUUUCAGGAGGUUACAUUUGAGAAGCAGGUGGACGCGGCAUGGCUCGAGUGGAUCGAGCGGGAAGUUUCUCUAGUAAUUGAACCGUAUCGCAAUGAGUGAAGCGAUGUGUGUUGAAAGAUUACUUUUAUUACAUGUAAAUCGGCUUUAGGUGCUGCUCGCGUUGAAUUUUCCCUUCUCCAACUAGCUAGCUUGCAUUAGUCUCUUGUUUGCAACCGUCAAUCUUUGUUCUAACCUAAUCAGAGCUAUUUUCUAUGUACCUUCGCGCCUUUCUUUUUAUCCCUCUUUCCUUACAAAACUA